AUGACGUUAAACAUAACGGUAUUGAUCUCGGGAUCAGGAACAAACCUUCAGGCCUUAAUUGAUGCCGAAAAAUCAGGUAAUCUUUCCGGUCAUAUUACUCAAGUCAUAUCAUCAAAUGUUGAUGCCUAUGGUAUAACUAGAGCUAAAGAUGCAGGUAUACUGUUAAUUAAGAGUCAUACUUUGAAGUCAUAUUAUAAAGGAAUACCCAAAGAACAAACUGAACAACGUCGUUUAAAACGUGAACAAUUCAAUCGUGAUUUAUCUAAUUUAUUAAUCUAUGGUAAUAUUGAAGGUACUAAAUUAACUGAAAAUUAUAUUAAACCUGAUUUAAUUGUAUGUGCAGGUUGGAUGUUAAUCUUAUCACCAGCUGUAUUAAUACCUUUGGAAAAGGAAGGUAUUACCAUUAUUAAUUUACAUCCAGCAUUACCAGGAGCAUUUGAAGGAACUCAUGCUAUAGAUCGUGCAUGGAAAGCAGGUCAAGAAGGUCAAAUUUCUAAAGGAGGAGUUAUGAUUCAUAGAGUUAUUACAGAAGUAGAUAAGGGAGCUCCAAUAUUAGUUAAAGAAAUUGAACUUAUUAAGUCUGAUACAUUAGAACAAUACGAAGAUAAAGUUCAUAAAGUUGAACAUGUAGCUAUAGUUGAAGGUACUAAUUUAAUCUUACAAGAAAUAGCCAAACAAGUAUAA